AUGGGCAGGAGUCAGUCAUCGAAGAGCUUGCAGGGGAUGCCAGAGCCGGACACGUCGGAGCCCAGCGCUCGAAGUUUCCUCCUUGGCACGGCCAAGAGGCACUCGCCCACCCAGACGCCCAACCACCCGAACUUGCGAAAUGUCCGAAAGGAGUCUCCGCCCGACAAGGAGAAGAAGGCGAAGAAAUGCAAGAAGGAGAAGAAGAAGAGCAAAAAAAAGGCUAAAAAGUCCAGCAGCUCCAGCAGCGACUCUUCGUCGAAUGUCGACAGCUGCAACUCGGAGGUCUCUGAGGAGGGCUUCGCAGACUCGUCCUCGGCAUUCGGCCUGUCGAAGAAAGAGAUGGCCCGCGGCAUGGAUGUUGCCAACUUGCUGGAGCUGGAUCCCAGGCCGAUGGGUUUGGUUCUUUCCGCCGUCUGCCCCACGAUCAUAGCAAACGACAUCUUCGAGAUGGGCGGGGAGUUGGAAUCUCUUCUCCGAGACAAAGCAGCCACGGCGAAGAAGAAGGGGCCCAAGAAAGAGCACACGAUGAAAGCCGCUGGCACGAUGUGGAAGCGCCGAAUGGCCGACUUGGCCGUUCAUCUUACCGGCCGGCCGGCAUCCGCACUGCUGUUGUGUGCCGCCAAGACCCUCGUGAAUUGCUCCGGUGUGCUCCGGAACUUGUACAAGAGGAAGUUUCCCGGGGGCAAGCAAGCCUGGCUCCAGGGACUCGCGGCGAUCAUGAAGGAUGCCCGGGAGGCAGCCUCGGAUGACUUGAAGCAGCACAUGACGCAGCCCGAGCCGAAGCCCGAGCCCAAGCCUGCCCCUGCCCGUAGCAGCGGGCACAAGGCCAGGAGCAAGAAGGAGGAGGAGGAGGAUGAGCCGGAGCCGGAAGCCUCUGACAAGGACGAAGGCAGCCCUAUGGCUGCACCUUACGCCGACAGCCACUCCGACUCGGAGGAUGACAAUGACGUCUUCCACGGCGAGUUCGCACUGCCCAAAGCAGACGCCAGCAAGGAGAGCACCCUGAAGAAGCUCCCGUCCAGUGCGCGGGCCACCCUUGAAAAGAUCGACCGCGAGGUCCUGGAUACCCUGCCGAACGACCUCUCCCAUCACAAGAACCUGAGGGCCGACUUGGGCUAUUGGACUGGCUGCCUGGAGAAGGAAGCCUUGACAGAGAUGCAUCAUUUCAAGCUGGGGCUGGAAGGUUCCCUCUCGGCCCACCUGGGGCCUGGCAAGAGCUGUUUUAUGAAGAUGUCUUUGAGGGCUCGCAAGCUCUUUGAUUCCUGGGCCGUGGGUGACCGAGACGCCGUCACGCCGCCCAGCCGCUGCGAAGACAUCUACCUGAGUGACUGA